AUGGCUAAUCGAGGGUACGAUGUCGUCGUGGACGUCGACACCGAAGGCGACCUCGGACAUACCGAUCUCCAGGACGACGACCUUGAAUUCCACUCUUCCAGUAAGCUGAAGCGCCUCUGGCCGCGGACACGUACAUCCUCUUUGGCUUACCCUUACCCUUUUUCUUCCUCUCUCAUCUACUCUCGUCUACUCUCAUCCUCCGAAUCUACGCAUUCCAAGCGGCCAGACAGAAAGACUAACGAAACAGACUUCGAGACAAGCUCGACGCGCAAGGUGCAACCAGACUCGUCGUCGACAGCGUUUCUCGCCAACAGCGCCACCAACCCAGCGACUCUGCCCAACGACCCGUCAGCGGUGCCUCGGAAACACAUGCUCUGGUCGCUCGGGUUCUACGCGCAAUUCUUCGACGUCGACACAACGACGGUACUGCACCGAUGCCGCACCGCAAUUCUACCUUUCCUGCCCAACACGCCUCCGUUUCUCGAUACGAUGGACGGCAAUCCCGACCUGUACGGCCCGUUCUGGAUCGCGACGACGGUGGUGGUGAUUUUGUUCCUGACGGGCACGAUCAGCCACAAGCUCGCGACGGAAGGCAAGAAGCAUUUCGAAUAUGAUUUCCGACUGUUGAGCGGCGCCGCCGGCCUGGUCUACGGGUACACGCUGUUCGUGCCGCUCGGGCUGUGGGCGGCCCUGAGGUGGUUCGGCGCCCAGUCGCUCGAGCUGGUCGAGUGUUGGGCCCUGUACGGGUACAGCAACCUGUUCUGGAUCGCCGUGGCGCUGGUCUCGUGGUCGCCCUUGAGUGGGCUCAACUAUGCCAUUGUCGGGCUCGGGUAUGCUGUCAGCGUGUUUUUCCUAGUCAAGAACCUGUACCCUGUCAUCCGCGCCACCGAGAAGAAAAUCAGCCAGGUCCUUCUGCUGGCUGUGGUGCUGCUGCAGGCUGGGUUGGCGAUCGCUAUCAAGAUCUUGUUCUUCAGCCAUGGGAGUCCUGCCAAGGACGAUGCGGGCAGGAGAAUGACGGCGUCGAUGCGUUUCUAG